AUGUCAGCUACUACUCCAUUUCCACCAACUUUGAAUACCGUAGACGAUUGUACUAUUUGUUUAAAUGCUCUGGCACCCGGCACUGCAUUGCUAACCCUAUCUUGUAGUCAUCAGUUUCAUCUUCAAUGUCUAGCCUCGAGUAUUCAAGCACAAAAUAACGAGUGUCCUUUGUGUCGAGCUACACUUGAUGCAUCUAUUGUACAACUAUUAGCAGGCCCUCGUCAAAUACCGGUCCGACAGCAAGCAUUCCCAUUCCCAUUUCCAGUACCCACUGCCGUGAAUCAGGAUAUUCCAUCAGUCGAGGAUCUGGUUGAUGAAGCUCUUGUACGAGAUCUUUCCGAUCGUCUUGCUUCUGCUCGGCAAGCUGCAGUUGAAUCGACAAAUUCAUCAAAUAGUCUACCAUUGAUCGCAGCUUCGACCACACUUGAAUAUAACGCUUGUGCGCCUCAUGACGUGUCGAAUAUUUAUGGUUUAGUAACUGUGCAAGCACCUCCAUGUUUGAAAACUGCUGAUGAUAGUUCACUAAGCGUAUCUCGUGUUCCCAUUGAUCUAAUUUGUGUUGUUGAUCAGAGUGGCUCUAUGGCAGGUGAUAAAAUGAUUUUAUUGAAACAAACUUUAGUCUAUAUUGUCGAACAAAUGAGUGAACUUGAUCGAGUAGCAAUUGUCUCGUUCGAUACACUCGCUUAUGACAGAUCACACGGACUUAAACGUAUGAACCAACAAAACCAAAAUAUCUUGAAGAAUAUAAUCAACAAUGAUAUUCACGAUGCAGGUGGUACUUAUAUCGGCCAAGGGUUAGAAAUGGGCAUUAAUCUCUUUAGAACUCGACAAACGAAAAAUCCUGUGAGCGCUUUACUAUUGCUCACCGAUGGACAAGAUAACCAAACACAUGACUACACACAACUUAUGCAGACAUUACCUGAAGGUGUUCAAUGUCACACAUUCGGCUAUGGCCCCGACCACACAGCUGCAUUACUCGUACGAUUGGCUGAACAAGGAAACGGAGGCACCUUCACUUAUAUUGAUGAAGAAGAAGCUGUAGGUUCUGCCUUUGCGAUCACUUUAGGUGGUCUAUUCACAUGUAUGGCUCAACAAGUUCGAGUCAAUAUUGAAUUGAGUGAAGGCUAUGCGGUAACUCAUGUUCACUCGCGAUAUAAAUACGAACCUGAGCAAUUGCCGUCGAAUAUGAUUACUUUUAAUUUACAUGAUCUAAAUGGUGACGAAAAACGAAAUCUCAUUUUUCAACUUCAUGUGCCGAAAUUGGAUAGUAAUGAACAAAAUAUGGACAACCUCAGUCAACAACCAAUGAUACUAAGUCAAACGACAGAAGAAUUACAAUUGUCUGAAAGUCACACUAUCGGUACCGUGAAAAUUACUUACAUGGAUCCUAAUACUGGCCGCACAGUUACAAUAGAUCCUGUGCCAUUUAAGUUAGUUCGAGAUUCAAAUUCACCGGCUGAUCUCCUUCAAGUGAAUCACACUCUCGAUCUUCAACGAAACCGAGUAGAAACUGCCAAUGCAUUAGAAAGAGCUAUGGCUGAGAGCGAUUACCGACAAUCACUUGCUAUUCUCAAAGCUCAAGUAGAAAAGAUCAAGGCUAGUGUAUCUGCACAAGACCCAUUCAGUCAACAACUCAUUCAAGAUCUCCAGUAUAACUACCCAUCAGAACGAGACUAUCGAUCAUCACAUCAUAAUACUUAUAUGUGUCAUACAACCGAACGAGGAACAUACGUGCCGACGACGAUGAUUAGUUCACAACAAUAUAUAAGCAGCAUGCAAAGGCAGCAGGCCGCUCAUUACUAUAACAUACAUAAGGGAUCAAACUAA